AGCUUAAAUUGCCACUGGUAAAGCUGGGACUUCCAAGCACUCUCAGCUGCCAGGUUCUGUUACCUCCCUGUUGGGUCCUCCAGAAACCAGCCAGCUUCGAACCCCUGAAGAGCCUCCUCCAGCAGCCAUGGAAGGGUACUUCUCAGCCAUCCGCAAGAUGGAGCAGACGGUGAUGUUCCCCAGCCUUCUCCGAGGGGUCUCUUUGGACGAGCACGACAGCAGGUUGGAAGCGGAGUUGGGGGACAGAGACCUGUAUGAGUCCUACACCCUUCUCAAAUCCAUCAAGCAGAUGGCUGAGGGAGGCCUCUUGUCUGCGGCCACCCAGGCUUCGCCCAUCGCCACCCGCCUGAAAGAGCAGGAGGCCCAAGAGGAAGCGGAUCUCGAAGGACUCUUCUUCUAUCACGUCUCGGGCUUGUACCAGGUGCUCGCGCGGCUCACCGAGAGGGCCAAGGCACUGACCUCCAGGUACAACCAGAUCAUGGGGCAGAUCAACCACAGCGAAGUGUCUCUCAGCUGGUGAGGGCCUGGAAAGGGCCACUGAGGCAAUGUUCAUCGAGCGUCUCUUAAACGGACUUUUUGAAGAAAUUGUUUAAGCGGCCGACGCGCAAAGGUCUGGAUCUUCUGCCCAGCCGAACAGGGUUGCGUGAAAAGCAAGGAUAUCCACACAUUUCCAACACGGACUUUGAUGGAUUGAAAGGAGUUCCUACCGGCGGGCUCCGUUUUUCCAUUUGAUGUUUCUGUAGUUUGAAAACCACUUGUAAUUUAUAAAAACAGAGCUUUUUGUACCUGCAAGUAUAUUAUUAAGAGUGGGUAAUAAGCCCAGAGAACUAAUAAAAUGGUUUGUUUUUCUUAA